AUGCCUCGGAACCCACUGCACAGCUGGAUGGAUGCUGUGCUCUUUGGACUCCUGCUUCUCCUCGUCCCUGUGCAGGGUCACAACUCGCCAGAGGCCAGCCCCAUCAGAAACACACACACUGGCCAGGUCCGAGGCAGGCUCGUCCACGUGAAGGACACUGACAUCGCUGUGCACACCUUCCUGGGAAUCCCCUUUGCCAAGCCUCCUGUAGGACCCCUGCGCUUUGCACCUCCUGAGGUCCCUGAGCCAUGGAGUGGUGUGAGAGAUGGGACCUCACAGCCGGCCAUGUGUCCACAAAACCUUGAACUACUGUAUCCAGAGGGCCUGAAGGAGAUGAAACUGAACCUGUUUCCCUUCCCUAUGUCUGAGGACUGCCUGUAUCUCAACAUCCACACGCCAGCCCACACCCAUGAGGGCUCUAACCUGCCUGUGAUGGUGUGGAUCCAUGGUGGUGGACUGGUUGCAGGCAUGGCCUCCAUGUAUGAUGGAUCCGUGCUGGCAGCCACUGAGAAUGUGGUGGUGGUCAUUAUCCAGUAUCGUCUGGGUGUCCUGGGUUUCUUCAGCACUGGAGAUGAGCAUGCCAGAGGCAACUGGGGAUACCUGGACCAAGUGGCUGCCCUACGCUGGGUCCAGCAGAACAUCGCCCACUUUGGUGGCAACCCUGACUGGGUCACUAUUUUUGGCGAGUCUGCAGGUGGCACAAGUGUGUCUUCACUUGUUGUGUCCCCCAUGUCCCAAGGGCUCUUCCGUGGUGCCAUUAUGGAGAGUGGAGUGGCCCUGCUGCCUUACCUUAUCUCCAACACCUCUGCAAUGGUCUCCACUACGGUGGCCAAGCGCUCUGGAUGUGAGGCCACGGAUUCACAGGCCCUGGUGCGCUGUCUGAGAGGCAAGAGUGAAGCAGAGAUUCUGGCUGUUAACAAGGUCUUCAUACUGAUUCCUGCUGUGGCAGAUGGAGAGUUCCUACCCAGACAUCCCAAAGAGUUGUUGGCAUCUGAGGAUUUUCACCCUGUCCCCAGCAUCAUUGGUGUCAACAAUGAUGAGUAUGGUUGGACAAUCCCCAGGAUCAUGGGCUCUGCUCAGAUGAUAAAGCAAAUAACCAGAGAGAAUCUGCAGGCUGUUCUGAAGGAUACAGCAGCAGAACUGAUGCUGCCUCCUGAGUGUGGUGACCUGCUGAUGGAAGAGUACAUGGGGGACACCGAGGACGCCCAGACCCUCCAAGCACAGUUCAGAGAGAUGAUGGGAGACUUUGUGUUCGUGGUCCCUGCACUCCAAGUAGCACAUUUUCAGCGUUCCCAUGCCCCUGUCUACUUCUAUGAAUUCCAACAUCAAUCCAGCUUCCUCAAGGAUGUCAGGCCACCCCACGUGAAGGCUGAUCAUGCUGAUGAGGUUCCUUUUGUCUUUGGGUCCAUGCUUUUUGGGAUGAAACUUGACAUCACUGAGGAGGAAAAGCUGCUGAACAAGAGGAUGAUGAAGUACUGGGCCAACUUUGCAAGACACGGGAACCCCAACAGUGAGGAUCUACCCUACUGGCCCAUGCUGAACCAAGAUGAGAAGUAUCUACAGCUGGACAUCCAGACUGCUGUGGGCCGAGCACUGAAGGCCAGAAAGCUGCAGUUCUGGACUAAGAUUCUGCCCCAGAAGAUUCAGGAGUUAAAUAGAUCUGAAAAUAUGCACAAAGAUAUAUAG